AUGGGUCACGAAGACGCCGUCUACCUUGCCAAAUUGGCCGAACAGGCCGAGCGUUAUGAAGAAAUGGUUCAGAACAUGAAGAUUGUUGCUUCUUCGAAUCGGGAACUAUCGGUAGAGGAGCGCAACUUGCUGUCUGUUGCCUACAAGAACGUCAUCGGUGCCAGACGUGCCUCCUGGAGAAUCGUUACUUCCAUCGAGCAGAAGGAAGAAUCCAAAGGAAACGAGGCUCAGGUCACCCUCAUCAAGGAGUACCGUCAGAAGAUCGAGGCCGAGUUGGCCGAUAUCUGCGAAGAUAUCCUCAAGGUUCUCGAUGACCACCUCAUUGCCUCUGCCGAGACUGGAGAGUCCAAGGUCUUCUACCACAAGAUGAAGGGUGACUACCACCGUUAUCUCGCCGAGUUUGCCCUCGGUGAGAAGCGCAAGACUUCUGCCGAUAACUCUUUGACUGCCUACAAGAAUGCCACUGAGGUCGCCCAGACUGACCUUGCUCCAACCCACCCCAUCCGCUUGGGCCUUGCCCUUAACUUCUCCGUUUUCUACUAUGAAAUCCUCAACUCUCCUGACCAGGCCUGCCACCUUGCCAAGCAGGCCUUUGAUGAUGCCAUUGCCGAACUCGACACUUUGAGCGAGGAGAGCUACAAGGACUCCACCCUCAUUAUGCAACUCCUCAGGGACAACUUGACCCUGGUGGACUUCCUCCGAAGCCGACCCAGCCCACCGAGGCCCCAACCCCCAGCUGAGGUCAAGGAAGAGGCUCCAGCUGCACUGAGGAAGCCCCAAGGAGUAAAUGGGUAUGGGAUGAGCAUUUAG